CCUUUCAACAGCUUGGUGGAAUGAAUUACUUACUUGCAGUUGAACACUCACCUUCCAUUCUCUUGAUUUUUAGAGUUCCCGCAAUCAUCCCGGGGAUGGAUGUAUCACAUGGUUCCCCAGGCCAGUUUGAUGUGCCAUCAAUUGCGGCAGUUGUGAGCUCUAGGCAGUGGCCCCUGAUUUCUCGGUAUAGGGCAUCUGUGAGGACACAGUCACCCAAGGUUGAAAUGAUAGAUUCCCUCUUUAAGCCCACCUCAGACACCGAGGACAGUGGCAUAGUGAGGGAACUUCUACUAGAUUUCUAUACGAGUUCAGGGAAAAAGAAGCCUGACCAGAUAAUCAUUUUCCGGGAUGGAGUGAGUGAAUCACAAUUCACACAGGUCCUAAACAUCGAGCUGGAUCAGAUUAUCGAGGCCUGUAAAUUCCUUGAUGAGAACUGGUCACCAAAGUUUACAGUUAUUGUGGCUCGAAAAAACCACCACACUAAAAUUCUUCCAGCUUCAAUCUCCGGACAAUGUUCUGCCUGCUUAGCCUCUUCAUAAAUUUCUUGAAGAAAA